AUGUUCGAUUUCGCGGCGAAGUUUUUUGGGAACACGCUGGACGCCAAGGAGGUGGUGGAACAGCAGAAAGUGGAUGAGAAGAACGCACAGGAGGUGUCGAAUCCGCAGGUGGAGAAGCACACGACGCUGUUUGUCGGUACCGGUGGGACGAAAACGAACGCGAACGGGGUCGUGGUGAAUGCGAUCCAGGGCAAGGUGGGCUUCAUCGAGGUUCGCCUGUUCGAGAUAAUCGACAGUCCCAUGCAGGAGCUGUUCGUGGACUUCGCGACGAUGCAGCGCCCCGUCGACUUUAGCGGCAGCCCGACUUGGGUUGUUGGGAACAUGGCGCGCACGAGGCUAAUUAGGGGAAAAAAUUUGGGACGGAUACAGAUGAAGCCGGAUAAGCUUUUACUUUGCAUCCCGGUGGAAGGCUAUGCGCUCCUCCGCGUCCGUUUGUGGAGCGCGAACUACUUGUACAUAGGCCAAACGACGAUAUUAUUCUACCGCGGGUUCCAGGUCUCUACGGGCGAGCCGAUAAGCGGGGUGAAGGGGUACCUGUGCACCGAGUCCGCGUGUGACGGGAUUCCGUCGGAAUUCAGCUUACCGGAAAACCCGCGUAUCGUGGUGGAAGACUACUUAACCGACCGCGCCAAUGCGGCAAACCCGCGGGCCCGCGCGGAGGGAGGCCGUCCGCCGAGACCAGAGUCGCUCAUUGAUUUUAUCGAGGGAACUGAUGAUGAUGCGAGGGUGACUAGGCAGACGAAUCGCACGUCACGACCUCGGCAAGAACAAACCUCAGGACGAGUAACAGAGGAGUACAAUCUGCCCAUGCGGGGACAGGACAGCAUUUCGAUCAUGUUGAGCCAAGAAGACGAGAGGCACAUAGCAGAAGCAGUGCAAGAAGAUGUUGACAGUGAGGAAAAUAACGACCCCAGCCUUCGUGCAUCCUCAUGCCGAAUCGUGGAAAAUAAACCGAAACUGACCGCGUUGCCCAGCCAAAAAACCCUGCCGGAUCACGUGCUAGGGCACACGAAGUCCGGCAUAUUGGAAGGCGGAAUAGAAUCCACCGAAGAUCUCGCGCCGGCCGCAAAACCUAUCUCCGAGGGCGUGAAGCCGGGCGCGAUACCGAGUUUAGAGAUCUCGUCCGGGGCAAUGCUGGAGGGAGAUGACGAUUCCGACGGGUUGGAGGACGCGGACGAGGCGGACUUCGACCUGUUUCUGGAUCAAGAAGAGCACGACGAUCUGUACAAUCUGACGUCGGAGAAUUUCGGGGACAUCCUCGAUCCCUCGUCUGGCAGCGACGCGCGGUUCAAUGACUUGGCCGAGAUGUUCAAACUUCCCUCUUCGAGCACCGACAUGGACGAGGCGCGGGCGAAUUACAGCCGCUUGUGGGAGGAAAUUUCCUACUGGCGUGACCAACAACUGCAGAAGCGACGCGCGCCGACGAUGUACCGCAUCGCCUGUCUGGGCGGCGGUGUUUGCGGGCUGAGCCUGCAAAUCCGGCCGAUCCUCGCGCAGGCGAACGCGGCGAGUGACCGCUUGGACGCGCAGGACUUUUUCGUGUUGCUGCCCGAAACCAUGAAGAAGGGCCGAAUGAUUGUACGGGACGACGCCUUCGAGAGGCUGAUGCAAGAAGUCCUCGCGGACCGUUUUGCGCGGCAACCGAUUGAGACCGGUUUUAACGUUGCUGUGAAAACCGAGGCGGUGGGUGGCGAGAAUGAGAAACCAAAACCGGCGGCGGCAGAAGGUGAGGCACUGCCUCAGGAGAUGAGAAGUAGUAGAGUCAGUGCUGAUGCUGCGGGUGUUGAUGUUGUGGCCGCCUCUGGUGCUCGUGCAUUGUCAUCAUCAUCAUCCACCGCAGUUGUGCAUCCGCUGAUGAAAGAACCCAAAUCUUCUGCGCCCGGAGCGCCACCACAGCGGAAAUCUCAGCAACCAGGAGCUGUUGCGAAGGGGACGAUUAUCAGCGGACCCUCGCCUGCGCAGGCUGGUUUGACCGGCUUGACUGUGUUAAGUCGCGAGAUCGACGGCAGCCUCAGCAGCGCUUCGAACGCUGAAAGUGCCACGUCUAGCUUGGAGUUUCGCCCACCAAAUCGACUCAACGGAAGCAACAUUAAGGGACAGAACAACUACAGAAAUAACGACGGAAUGAUCCUCGCACCGGUCGACCGUGAAGCUUUCGGUAGUGGUACUGGCACACAACGCCGCAGCACGCCUCUCUCGUCGGGGGAAUUCAUCACAGCGGAGUCUGGUGGCUCCGCUAUUUCCUUUCUAGAUGCUCAGCCACGCGCGCGUCGCCCUACUAGGGCAGCUGAGGGGGAGGGGACGAAGAAAAGAGAGCUCGCACAAAUGAAGGCAAACGACGCGACGAAACUGGGUCGCGAAUACGACGAGGGUUUAGACACUUUGAGGAACCGCGGUUGCCCGCAAUCACUGCUCUCUUUGGAUGCGGUGGAGUUCGCGAUCCGGCGAACGGCGACCACGAAUUUAACUGGGGUGCAACUACUCACCUUUGCAACCAACGCCUACCACUUCUUGCCGCACUUGACGCCCUACGCGAAGUUUCGCGUGUUCGAGAUCGCACUGGAUCUGCAAUUUUUUCCCGUUGCCAAGUUGAUAUUGCUGAAGACGAGGACGUUCCCGGAGCUUAUGCGGCUCAAGUACCUGAUCGACACGGGGGGAAAGCGGAACCUGAUCAGCAGCAUCGACCUGCUGGACGACCCGACGAAGAUCCUCGUGCGACAUUUCCGCGUCACGGCGCGAAAGUACUGCACCGGGCUCUUCGGCGACAAGGGCUUGAAAGUCAAGAAGGGCGGAACGCACGUCCGCAUUCUCCCGCAGUUCAAUACUGUGUUAGAUUCCGCGAUUCGGAAAUGGUCAAGGACCGCGCCAACGCACCCGAACGGCUCGAUCAAAAGCGAAGAUCGGACCCGGGUGCUGGCGCAGCACUUGGAGAAGCGCAGGAUUCAGGAUUCCUUGCUAGACACCGACUCGGAAGAGGAGGACGUGGUCGCCAAUGCGAUGAUUCCCGCCUGUCGGGACUGCGAAGUGGUGAUGCAGCAAAAGGCGGAGGAGCUGGAUGUGAAGACCGUCCGGACGAGGCAUUUGAAGCAAACCUUCAAGACCGGCUGGAAGGGCCUCAAGGGCUUUUUCAAAACGAAAAAAGAUGACGGGACCAGAACCGAGGGACUGCAGGAGGGGUCGGCUCUUGCGAUGCCCUCGGGAGAUGAAGUAGUCGAAAGUAACUAUGACGUCGUGGACGCCAAGGCGUCCCCGCAGCGAGUUUCGUUAUCUUUGACGAAGGAAGAGAAGAAGUUGCUCAGGAAAGCGACGAGAGAGGCGCUGAAGAAGAGGGUUCGAGACGAAAACAACAUUUAUCCGGCGGCGGAGGGCGAAGCAGCCCCUGCCCCGGCGAGCAUCAAGCCGGGAGACGCGAGCGAGAGCUCCCGAGACGUCGACAAGCGGACGGAGGAUGCGCUCGCAUUUUUGUUGGAUGACGAGGCGAUGGGGAUGGGUCUAACUUCCCAGCUGGAUGAGCUGAACAUCGACGAAAAGGCAAAAGAACAGAUCAAACAAAAACUGCGGCAGGACAUCCAGAAGCACAGCCGGCCCAGCACGAGGCCGGCACUGACACAGUACGAAAAACCGCAGCCGAAACUGCUGAACAACGUUAUUCUGAAAUCGGGCGAGGUGAUCCUGCUCCGGAACCGGAGUUUGAUCUGCGAUUUGGUGAAGACCUACUGCUUUCGCCAGGUCAUUUCGGACAUCGACCAGACGUUUCUCAUCACUCCGCACGGCAUCAACGGGCCGGAGAUGCCCCUCGGCACGGUGCCGGGCUGUCGCACGCUGUACAACAUGCUCGCACCCAUGACCGUGUUUCUCAGCAUCCGACCCGACUUGGACAUGAUGGCGCAGCACACGCGGCUAAACCUGCAGGAAAACGCGAAGCUAUACGGUGGGGACUACGGUUUGUUACUCGCGGGCAAUGCCACGUCUGUCACAAACUACCUCGCCGGAAACAACAUGCAGAACGGCGUGCGGAAAUUUGAGGUUUUCCGCAAGCACCUGCGUGCGUACCCGGAAAGCGAUUUUUUCCUCUUUGGCGACUCGGGCGAGGGCGAUCUGAGGUUGAUGCAGGAGUGCGGUUUACUGGAAAGAAGGUCCCUUGCCUCCCGCCGGUUUCGAAACCAACGAAAGCGUGGCGCGGAGGCGGUGCGGAUGAAGGUCGACCACCACCUGUCGAGGAAAAAUUGUUACCAGAGGUUGGAUAUUUCGAAAGCGUUGUCUCGGACGAAUUACGUGCGUCCGGAGAGCCCGAAGACGGUGGGAACGAGUGGUACUAGCUCCAGACCCAGUACUAGGCAAGUUUCGGGGCCCACCGGUGCAAUGACCUACCAGGUGGGCGAGGCGCCGCCGGAAAACUAUCUGCCCGCCGGAGUGCAAAGGAAACAAAGAGCAGACCGGGAGAAGGACAUGAGGGAAAAACAGGAGGCAGCUGCGAAGCAGGACCGAGAACGGAGAACAAAGAAAACACAGGUAAUAGAGCAAAAUGAAGAUCCGGGGUUUUUCGAAAGCAUUUUCGGAGCUACCAGCUACAGGAACGAAAAAGAACAGCCGAGACAUCCCGAAAACAGGAUGAAGAAGCGUGUGCGAGGGGAGGGACAGGCGGAUGCCAGUCCAGCCGCAUCGGACAACGAGUUCUCGCAAUCUAGUUCAGACCCUGCGGAAGUAGAUGAUCAAAUAGAUUCCGAAACUGUUCCCGAGAACUACAGCAGCGAGCUCUCCUCCGCGCUGAACAGCGACGAGUCUGCCGCUCGAAACAGGAGACAAAACCUGAAACUACCGGAAGGGGAAGCCUACGGUGACUCCGGCCGCAUGUCUGCGCGGCCGACACCUGGCUCGAGGCGCGCGCAGGGCGGCACCGUUCGUGUGGGCGACAGCACGCGGCUGCCGGAAAGACGCGAGUUCUGGGACGAGGAGCCAGAAGAGAUCGACCGAAGCGAGCAAACUCAGCUGGCCCAACCAGAUUCGUUCCAGGAAGUGAUCGAUCGCCGGCCGGCCCGACGGAGGCUGCAUUUCUUUAUCCGCGACGUGACGGAGCCGAGCGGCGUGCGACGAAUCACCCCGAUGAAGGAACGGGCUCGGCUGUUUGAGGAAAGCCACGUCCUUGUCGUGAACAAUUCCAUCGAGGCGGCGUUGUACUGCUACGAACACUUGCGGAUUCUGUCCAAGCCGCAGCUGCGGAAAAUCGCGGUGGACACUCUGAAUGAACUGGUCGACCGCGACUGGGUCAAGUUUCUCGACGGCGCCGACGGUCCGCAAAACACGGCGGUGCGACAAGCACGCGUGGCGGAGUUCCAAACGGUUUUGCGCAAAGUGAACAAUGUGCUCACCGACGGGGAGCUGAUACGGGCGAUGACAACCGACGGGCAAUGGCGAGGCGAGAAGGCCGUGCCCAUGCAGGAACUAGACAGACUGUUGGCAAAGCCGAGGAAGUGAUAAAAGUGAUUCCCUUGUACUAUGCGCGCUUACGGCAUUUCAAUGGUCGCUUCAUCUUCGACGCUGGCCGUCGUUUUCAAUCAACUACGACUUGUUCGAAUCAAAAUUGACAAACUUUUGUCUCAGUGUCGUCGCUGGUGUUCAUCCUUUGCGUUAGUAGUUUGUUGAAGAGAGCUUUAUUCUUCUAGGCAUAUCAUGAUCAUCACGAGAGGUGUUGAGGGCCGUGCCGAGUUCGUCCUAAGGUCUCC